CGAGGCACAUGCGCCGGCGUGGCGGAGACUGACCCCGAGGCCGAAGCCAACGCGGGGGAGGGAGGGAGAGGAGCCCCUGCCCCUGGCCGACCCGGGGGCCAGGGCUCAGCUCCCCGCCCGCGUCUCGUCUCUGCUUCGACGCGUGUGCGCGACCAGUGCGCCCACACUGUCUGGUCCGUUCCGCUACCCGCCCCCACCAACCAAUCACCGCCGCGUCGCCUCCUUUCCCCCGCCCGCCCGCCCGGACUCGCCUCGCCUCGCCUCGCCAAGUCGCCAGAAGAAGCCAGGCUGCAGCCGCCACCCGAAGCCCCAGCCUCCGCCACUCCGUCCUCCGACCCCGCGCCGCCGGCCCAGAUCCGCUCGUACCCCUCACUCACUCGCCUCGCCGCCGCCGCCCGCGCUGCCGCCGCUCUGCGGCGAAGGCAGCUGCGAGGGCGGGCCCCAUUUUCUAGGCGGGACCGCGGGCGGCGGUAUUGUUCCUCACUGCGGGGCUGCCAGAUUGGUUGGUUUGAGUGGUUGGCUCGCCGUUUCGCGGCGCGGCGAUGGGGUGCUUCCAUUCCACGGCGAAGCGGCAGCACCCUGGCUACGAGGACCCCGUGCACCUCGCCUCCCAGACCGCCUUCAGCGUUAGUGAAGUUGAGGCCCUGUUUGAGCUGUUCAAGAGCAUAAGUGGUUCGGUCAUCGAUGAUGGCCUGAUCAACAAGGAAGAAUUCCAGCUAGCAUUAUUUAAAAAUCAGAGAAAGGAAAAUCUAUUUGCUAAUCGGAUAUUUGACCUUUUCGAUGUCAAGAAAAGGGGAGUCAUUGAUUUUGGUGACUUUGUCCGAGCUCUGAAUGUGUUUCAUCCAAACAUACCAAUGGAAGAAAAAAUUGAUUUCUCGUUCAAGCUAUAUGAUAUGGAUGGCACAGGGUUUAUUGAACGGAAGGAGGUUAAGCAGAUGUUAAUUGCUCUUCUAGGGGAAUCAGAGAUGAGGUUAUCUGAUGAGAUCAUUGAGACAAUCCUGGACAAGACAUUUUCGGAUGCUGAUGCGAAUCAGGAUGGAAAAAUAGAUAGAGCAGAGUGGGAGAAUUUUGUCACAAGAAAUCCUUCCUUGAUGAAGAUAAUGACUCUGCCAUACCUCAAGGACAUAACAACAACAUUCCCAAGCUUUGUGUUUAACUCUGAAGUCGAUGAUCUUGUCACGUGACCAGAUUCUCCCAUAGAUGUAUAGUUAACGAAAAGAGUUUUUGCUUUCCUUGAAGCGCAAAAAGCAGAAGCUUGGUACGGGACUGGCCUUAUGAAAUGGAGGGAGGAUUUAUUUAUGCGGCUGCCAAGAAAGGUGUGUCAAAUCGGAAGCCACAGACAAUGCAACAAAUGUGGUAUUGACGUAUUGUAUUUUUAACGCACGAGGCUGGUGCUUUUGUGUUGGUGAUUGCGAGUUAGUAGCAGUAUGCAGAAGUGGAACUUUUCCUCAUUUUUUUUAAAAAAGUGGGAAGUCUGCGGUUUUACCUGUGCUGAUCUCAUUUUGUUCGUGUCAAAGUACCACUGCUUCUUAUUGCAUUUGUUUGGUUUGCAAUUGCAUAUUGUUCGCGGUUAAGGAGCCAUUUGCUGCAUCGCUGCAUGUGAGUUGUGGUAGCUUGUAGCCAACUGCAGCAAAGCAGCUCAACGAGAUCAGCUUCUUGCAGUGUAUGUACUAUUUGACGUGGACCAAA